GCCUGGCAGGAUGCUGGACUUGUCCUGUCCACGACUAGCAAUGAAGCCUGUAAGCUAUUUGAUGCUGCACUGACACAGUAUGCAACCUGGGCCAAUGAUGAGAGCCUUGGAGGUAUUGAGGGAUGUCUCUCCAAGUUAAAAGCAGCAGAUCCAAAUUUUACAAUGGGACACGUCAUUGCCAAUGGUUUGGAGCUGAUCGGUGCUGGAAGCUCAGUGCGGCUCAACAAAGAGCUGGACAGUGCGAUGAGAACUAUGAUGAUGCUUUCAAAAUCACAGCCACUGACUGAGCGGGAGAAGCUUCAUGUGUCAGCGUUGGACAUGUUUGCCAGUGGCCAGCUUCCAAAAGCUUGUGAUCUAUGGGAACAGAUUCUGCAGAGCCACCCAACUGACCUGCUAGCUCUCAGAUUUUCCCAGGACACUUAUUUCUACCUGGGAUAUCAUAUACAGAUGCGAGAUUCUGUUGCCCGGGUUUAUCCUUUCUGGACACCUGAUAUACCACUAAGCAGCUAUGUGAAGGGCUACUACUCCUUUGGACUCAUGGAAACAAACUUGUUCGAUCGUGCUGAGGAGCUUGCCUAUGAGGCUUUGGCUGUAAAUCAGACAGAUGCAUGGUCUGUUCAUACUAUAGCUCACGUACAUGAGAUGAAAGCAGAGGUGAAGAAAGGGUUAGAAUUCAUGAAGAAAACGGAAGCCAACUGGAAGAACAGUGAUGUGCUUGCUGGCCAUAAUUACUGGCACUGGGCUUUAUACUUGAUUGAAAAGGGUGAAUAUGAGGCUGCUUUGACAAUUUAUGACAAUCAUAUUGCUCCCCAGUGUCAGUCAAGUGGAAGCAUGCUGGAUGUCGUAGAUAACAGUUCGAUGCUGUACAGGCUUCAUCUGGAAGGUGUAAAGCUCGGAGACAGGUGGAACAAUAUUCUCGAGCUUACAAAGAAGCACACCAAAGAUCACAUUCUUCUGUUCCACGAUGUACACGUCUUGAUGUCCUCACUUGGAGCCAAAGACCACAAAACUACUGAGGAGCUUUUAACAACUCUUCAGGAGCUUGCCAAAGCACCUCGUGAAGACCAUGAGCUUUCCCUGGCUCCUAGUUUGGGGUUGCCACUGUGCCAGGCUUUUGUAGAGUUUGAAAAUGGGAAUUGUGACAAAGCUGUAGACCUGCUGUACCCAAUCCGUUACGAGCUAAUCCAACUAGGAGGCAGUGGUGCUCAGAGAGAUGUUUUCAGCCAGUUAUUGAUUCAUGCUGCUUUGAAUUCUAAAUCACAGGACAAACAAAACCUUGCAAGAUGCCUCCUGAGAGAACGUGAUGUGAUGAGACCGAAUUCACCACUGACGGAGCGACUUAUUAGGAAGGCAGCAGCCAUUCAUUCAAUGGCAUGA